AUGCACAUUUGUCUGAAAUCGCCACUUCGAUGUGACGACAGAAAUCUCCAAUCCAAAUUCCGUCAUUCGGGUGACCCUUCACCUGGGUUAAAUGCUGCGACAGUAGACACGGUGGAAGCGAUGAAGGAUCCUCGUACGAAGAGUAGAUCCCUGGCGAAAGGGGGAGGAACCGAACCAGUCUUCAGGACGAAGAAAUCGAACUUCGCAGCGAUUGCAUCUGCGGCAUCUGGGGAGGCCAACGCUGCGGCAGCAGUUGGGGAUGCCAGAAGAGAAACUGGACCCACCAAUCAGAAUGUCACUGUGAAGAUGAUUCUGAGGGUGAUGCAGUUCCCGAUGAACAGUGGUAACCUGGGUCAAAAUGGAAGUGAACGACGGACGAAGACCCCGGGUGGGCCUGCCACUUGGACUGGCAGUGGUCCCAAACGCGCGUUCAGGAAAGCGAAUGAGAAAUGGACCGAUGAAGAUUGUGCCUUAUGUUUUCCGCUUCUUGCAGAAGCUGUACCCCACUACUUGAAGAAAGCACGCAAGGAAGCUAUCGAUGCCGGUCGCGCCUACGCAACUUUGGAGGAAGCGAAGAUUACCAAAAGCUACGAUGCAACAAUAGCCAUAGACGCGCUCCAUGCAUGUAUCCUCGAGGCCCGUCGUCGUGACAAAGCACGCCGUGAAGAAAACCCACCACCACCACCCCAACUUUCAUCUUAUCCCGAUACAUGGCAACCUCAUAUGGAUCCCCGUGCUUCCGUCCGCGCACAUACCGUUCCUCUCAUGGGAAUCGAAUUGGAAAGAGUGGAGAAGGAAAUUGCGGCAGGGGAAGCGCGCAACGAGAUCCUCGAUAGUAAAUUAAGAGCCAAUAUUGCCGCCCAGCAAGAAGCCACCGCUCGAAUACGCGCUUUACUCGAAAAAUUCCACGCAACUGUCUCAUCAAUGUCAAAUCCCCAGAUAGCCGACCUCGAACAAUGGGCGAUCAUGAUGGAAGAAGAGGGUAAAGUUUAA